AUGCUACGCUUUUGGAGGACGCGGAGGAGCGCCGCCUUGUCGAACGCCCUGUCUAUCGUGGAGAUGAAUGUGCACAUGGACUGCGAGGGCUGCGAGAAGAGAAUAAGGAAGGCCAUGUCCCGGCUCGAAGGCGUGAGCACUGUCGAGAUCGACAUGGACACGCAGAAGGUGACGGUGACGGGGUACGUGGAGCGGCGGAGGGUGCUCCGGGCGGCCGAGUUCUGGCCGUCGCCGUACGACGCCGGGUACUACCCGUUCGCGAUACGGUACCUGGAGGACGACACAUACCUGCCCACGCACAGGUACCACCUCCACGGCUACAACGAUCCGGUGGUGGGCUACUACCCCGGCCACGCCUUCACGCACAUCCUCGACGACCGCGCGCUCGCGCUCUUCAACGACGACAACGUACACGCCUGCACCGUCAUGUGA